UGGAUGGGUGAGUAUCGAUAGUCUCGAUGCAUCGAUUUACUCACAUUUCUUGUGUGUUUUAAAAAGCGUGAAAAAAACGCCUAAAUAAACCAAACGACCGCGUGUCAGCCAAAUAAGUGCAGUAAAUUGAUUGACGUCCGCGCUGCAGUUGAAAAAUAGAGCAAUCGAAGACGAUAGGAGCCCGAAAAACGCCCCAGCAACCGCAGCUCAUUGGCAGCCGACAGCCGCAGCCGCAGCGCUGAGUGUUAUUGAACAACGGGGGCGCAGAGGAGGGUGUGUGUGUGUGCGUGUGCCUGUGUGUAUGUGUGUGCUUGUGAGUGGGCAGAGGUGGCGGCUGUGGAGUAGCAGCGGAUGUAGUUUGGAGCACAGGCACCGCGGAUACCACGAAAAGCAAACAUAGACGACAUCGACGAAUCCGAAGAGCGAAGAGCGAGAGAAAACAAACAUUGGUCCGCGAAACUGAAGUUUUUUUGAAGGUGGAAAACGGCAGUAGCAGCAAUAGCAGCAGGCAGCAGCAGGCAGCAGCAUCUGUGACCGCACCCUAAUGUCAAAUAGUCAAGCGAAUGCCGGCAGCAGCGGUAGCGCGGAUGAACCGACCCAGAACCCGUCGGGAUCGGCCACGUUGGCCCCCAACCCCAACCUUACGACGACGAAUGUAUCCUCUCAAGCAACGCCAGCAUCAACAAUUGCCCAGCAGCAGCAGCAGCAGCCAGCACCGCACAUAGUGGGAGCCUCAACAGCUGAUGCUGGUGGCGGGGUUGGUGUGGUCGUCGCAGGGGGGAGCGAGGGAGUCAAUUUGGAUUCAUCGCCAAGGGAAUCUGGCGACGAUUCAGAGGAUGAGAGCGAGAUCCUGGAGGAGUCGCCGUGUGGCCGGUGGCUGAAGCGGCGCGAGGAGGUCGACCAGCGGGAUGUGCCCGGGAUCGAUUGUGUCCAUCUGGCCAUGGACACGGAGGAGGGUGUCGAGGUCGUUUGGAAUGAGGUGCAAUAUGCCAAUCUGCAGGAGCUCAAGUCUCAGGAGGAGAAGAUGCGCCAGGUCUUUGACAAUCUACUGCAGCUGGAUCAUCAGAAUAUCGUCAAGUUCCAUCGCUACUGGACGGACACGCAACAGGCGGAGAGGCCGAGGGUGAUCUUCAUAACGGAGUACAUGUCAUCCGGGUCUCUAAAACAGUUCCUCAAACGCACCAAGCGCAACGCCAAGCGAUUGCCGCUGGAGUCGUGGCGACGCUGGUGCACCCAGAUCCUGUCCGCGCUCAGCUAUUUGCAUUCCUGCACACCGCCCAUCAUCCAUGGAAAUUUAACCUGUGAUAGCAUUUUCAUCCAGCACAAUGGUCUGGUCAAGAUCGGCUCCGUGGUGCCCGACGCUGUUCACUACAGCGUUCGCCGGCAGUGGGACCGCGAAAGGGAUCGGGAGCAGGAGCGUGAGCGAGGCGCUCACUACUUCCAGGCGCCGGAGUAUGGAGCCGCCGAGCAGCUGACUGCCGCCCUGGACAUCUAUGCCUUCGGCAUGUGCGCCCUGGAGAUGGCAGCUCUCGAAAUUCAGCCCAGCAAUAGCGAAUCGACUGCCAUCAACGAAGAGACCAUACAGCGCACAAUCUGCAGCCUGGAAAGCGAUCUGCAAAGGGAUCUGAUAGAGAAGUGUCUCAAUCCCCAUCCCCAGGACCGGCCCAGCGCCAACGAUCUGCUAUUUCAUCCACUGCUUUUUGAGGUUCAUUCUCUGAAGCUGCUGACCGCCCACUGUCUGGUCUUCUCACCCGCCAAUCGCACCAUGUUCUCGGAGACUGCCUUCGAUGGACUGAUGCAGCGCUACUAUCAGCCAGAUGUGAUAAUGGCCCAGCUGAUGUCUGGCGGACAGGAGCGUCAGUACCGACUGGCAGACGUGGCCGGAGCCGACAAGCUGGAGAAGUUUGUCGAGGACGUCAAGUAUGGGGUCUAUCCGCUGAUCACGUACAACGGCAAGAAGCCGCCAAACUUUCGCUCGCGGGCAGCCUCGCCGGAACGGGCCGACUCUGUGAAGUCUGCCACCCCAGAGCCGGUGGACACCGAGUCGCGACGCAUUGUCAACAUGAUGUGCAGCGUGAAGAUCAAGGAGGACAGCAAUGACAUAAUAAUGACAAUACUUCUACGCAUGGAUGACAAAAUGAAUCGCCAGUUGACUUGUCAGGUGACCGAGCAUGAUACGGCGGCAGAUCUCACCAGCGAACUGGUGCGUCUCGGCUUUGUUCAUCUCGACGACCAGGACAAGAUCGAGGUUCUGCUGGAGGAGACCUUGAAGGCUGGCGUUAUGAGUGAUGGGGCUGGUGCCGAGAGCUCUGGUGCUGGGGUGACCACGACAGCCACAAUGGCCGCACUGGAGCAGCUGGAGCGUAAUUGGUCAAUUUCCGAUGCGGAUAAGACAAUGGGGAGCAGCAUGUCCUCGCCAGCAACUGCUAUGAUGUACGUGCCACAGGAGCAGCAGCAGCCCCAGCAGCAGCUGCAGCAGCUGGAUACGGACGUGGAUCAAUCGGGCACGACGAGCAAUUGAGAGAGAAAGAGAGUUUAUGGAUUAGUAUUCAGGGCAAGCCGGCGCUUAUCGUAUUGUUUUUAUUAUAUGUAUUGGGAAAUUACACAUUACGAUUUUAUUACUACGAUUAUUUGUUAUUUUUAUAUAUAGAUGCCUAUACCUAUAUAUGUAUAUGUAUAUGUAUGUAUGUAUUCGAAAUAAUAUUUAUGUAUGUAUGUACCAUAAAAGAUGUUGAACCAGGCUUCCAUGCUGAUGAUUUUGAGACACUCCCAGUCCCACACACACGACACUAACGACACGACACACAGCAGCUAAACGAGCUUAUAAUAUCCAAGCAUUCGCUUAGCAUACAUAUAUGUAGGUCCCUCCGCUCCUUUGAGCGAACUCGAAUCGAAUUCGCAGUUCUCCAGAAACGAAAAGCGGUAGCGCCUGUGCGGCGCCAUUAUAAUGACAGAAUCUAGAAUUACAUAAAAUUGGAUAGUUUAGCCACGCCGAGACGAGAACAAAAACCUAAAAGCAGUGGCGUGUAUUUCAAUGUAUUACAAAUAUGAUCAAAUACGCAAGGCCACAAACAAAUAAUAAAUAAAUUAUUGAAA